CGUGACUCGCACUCUCCGGAAGUGACGUCACAGCGUGCGCGUGGCGCGGAGCCGCUUCCGCAAACAGAGUUGCGGAUGGCUGGACGUGUUAGUUCAUGAAGUUUUACCAUCUAAGUAAUCAAAAAUGGAAAAUUCUGCAAAAGCAGAGGAAUGUGAAAAGAUCUCUCAUGAAGAGGCAAAAACAUCAAUAGAUUCAGAAACAGAGUCUUCAUUCAUUGUUAAUGAAAACACAACCUCUCCUGGGACUGGGCUUUCUGAAAAGGCUCCUACUUGUGGGCAAGUAGACACUCCAAAAAAGAGAAAAAUGGAGUUUGAAGAUGAUCUUGUAAAGGAAAGUUCUAGUUGUGGGGAAGACACUCCAUCCAAGAAAAGAAAACUUGAUGCUGAAAUUGCCCCAGAGGAAAAAGGUUCUGGUGAUGAUGAAGGCAUUUCAAGGAAAAGAAGAAUGGAAAGUGAUGGUUUUCCAGAAAAUGAACCUACUGGAGAUGGCACUCAGAAAAGGAGAAAAAUAGAACUUGAAGAUGUUCCUGAAAAGCAAAAGAACUUGGAGGAAGGACACAGCUCAGCAGUGGCCGCUCACUACAAUGAACUCCAGGAAGUUGGUUUGGAGAAACGUAGCCAAAGUAGGAUUUUUUACCUAAGAAACUUCAAUAAUUGGAUGAAAAGUGUCCUCAUUGGAGAAUUUUUAGAAAAGGUGCGACUGAAAAAAAAACGUGAUAUCACUGUUUUGGACCUGGGAUGUGGUAAAGGUGGAGAUUUACUCAAGUGGAAAAAGGGAAGAAUUGACAAGCUAGUUUGUACUGAUAUUGCUGAUGUUUCUGUCAAACAGUGUCAGCAGCGGUACGAGGACAUGAAAAAUCGUUGUCGUGAUAAUGAAUAUAUUUUCAGUGCAGAAUUUAUAACUGCUGAUUGUUCAAAGGAACUUUUGAUUGAUAAGUUUCGUGACCCAGAAAUGUGCUUUGACAUCUGCAGUUGUCAGUUUGUCUGCCAUUACUCAUUCGAGUCCUAUGAGCAGGCUGACGUCAUGCUCAGAAAUGCAUGUGAGAGACUGAGCCCUGGAGGCUAUUUUAUUGGUACCACUCCCAAUAGCUUUGAAUUGAUAAGACGCCUUGAAGCUUCAGAAACAGAAUCAUUUGGAAAUGAAAUAUAUACUGUGAAAUUUCAGAAGAAAGGAGCUUAUCCUUUAUUUGGCUGCAAAUAUGACUUCAACUUGGAAGGUGUUGUGGAUGUCCCUGAAUUCUUGGUCUAUUUUCCAUUGCUAAAUGAAAUGGCGAAGAAGUACAAUAUGAAACUAGUCUACAAAAAAACAUUUCUGGAAUUCUAUGAGGAAAAGAUUAAGAACAAUGAAAAUAAAAUGCUGUUAAAACGAAUGCAGGCCCUGGAGCCAUAUCCUGCAAACGAGAAUUCCAAACUUGCAUCUGAGAAGGCGGAUGACUAUGAACAUGCAGCAAAGUACAUGAAGAACAGUCAAGUGAGGUUGCCAUUGGGAACCUUAAGUAAAUCAGAAUGGGAAGCUACAAAAGUGUACUAUCCAGUAGAAGAAACAGACAUAAAUGAGUGACUUCUGGGCACACUGUUUUACAUGCUGAAGUUCCUGUAAUGGGGAAAACAGAUGAAGGAGAGCUUAAUAAAAACUAGUGAAAUCUGGAAAAUAAUAAUAGUUGGUAUUACUGAGUGUUUAGCUUGGGCGCAGUUGCUGUUCGAAACUUUUCCUGUGUUAUGCCUCAUUUAAUCCUCACAGCUUUGUCAGUAGACUACUAUUAAUUCUGUCUUCUUUUCACAGAUAGGAAAGCAGGCAAAUAGCUUGGCUGAGGUCAGAGAGCCAGCCCAGGUGCUCCACACUCUCAGCCAUGGCCUCAUGGACACCCACGGAAAGGAAAAUUCUUAGGACUUGCUGAAUUGGAAAGAGAGGAAAAGGGAAGAAGGCACACUUUGAGCCAGUUUCAGAAUAUUGGUGCCCUCGGUAGAAAUGGGAUUGGAAGAUAUUAGAGACGUAAUCUCUGACAAACGUAGAAAUAUGUGCAGAAACCGACACAUUUCUUUGGUUUCCUUGGAGUGGAGAUACGCCAGUUACCUUAGAUGUCCCACCAAUCCCAAAGUGCCGUGUAACAGAACGACCUUGGUCAAAGAUCGUGAUGGUGGUGCUGGCUGCAGAUCAGCACUGUAUUUUUAUAUUAAACAUGGACUUCAGCAGUAAUAUACAAGUGAAGAAUUAGAUGCCCCCAGACAGUUGAAGAAGAGGUGGGUUAGAGAGGAGAAAAGCAAUAGGAAAGGAACAAUGGCCAAAGGGCAGCCAGGAUCAGUGUGUCAGGGUCUAUCUGCUCUGUGAUGAAUUAUAUUUUUCUGACCUGGAGGGCUUUGUGGGCUGGUGCCACAGUCUAAGAAUCUAUAUUUUAGACUCCUACUGGUCUAAUCAUUUAACUCGUAUUACCAGAGCCUGCUGCUCCUCUAGAAGAUGCUUUAAAUGUGGAAGAAAAGAGAAUUGUUGCUGAUCUGCUUUUAGAAGUGGUUUAAGUUUCUUUUGUUUAAAUCCCAGUUGAAAUGAUGGCACAGAAGGUAUUUUAUAUAAUUAGUGAGACUUCCAGAAUUUUUGAGUUAGAAAGGAGAGAAAGUUAUUCAUUGCUGAUCUGGAAUUAAGCACUGGUUUUAUAUGACCCUAGAUCCAGGCAGGUCAGGACUGCCAGGUUAUAUGCAGUGGGUAUAGAUGUGUUUGGGGUGGGUUUGGCAGGGUUUGCUCCAGAAAGAGCACUUGAGGUGCACGGCAGGCUCAGCAAUGCCGGCCUGUCCUGAGCCUCAGGACUUGCCAGUGAGUGCUUUAGGCGGCUCUGCUUCCUUCCCCUCAAGAAGAAUCCACAGUGUUGAUGAUCACCCUGCCUGUUUUCUCCCCAUCUGUCUGAUCUGCUGCCAGCCGUAUUUAUUUCUCCUAAAAGACUUGAGAGCUAGAGAAUGAGUGAAGAAUAGCAUGACCAGAAUGGUGUUAGGGGAGACUGCCGUAGUGCUCCUGUGCAGGCUGGGUUGGAGAGGCCGAGGACUCGAGGAGUGGGAGGCCUUUAUGUUGUCUGCCAUCCUUCAUCCGUCCCCUGUUCUACGGUUGACCCAAGGGGCGAGGCCUCCUCGUCACAUGGCUUCUUAUCUCGACUCACUGGGUGAAUGUUCUAGUGAACACCCUGAACAUUUUUGUGGUGUUUUGAGGAUUUGUCUUUUCAAUCGUUUUCAUAAUCAUAAAAUCUAUCAGUAUCUUUAAAGAAGAUAUAAUAAAUUUGAACUUCAGUGUGGUUCAGAAUUGGGAACUAUAGAUUCAUUUAGAUGUCUUUGAGUGAACACACAUCAAAGCCGGAAACCUUAUUUAAGGGAGAGUGCUCUUGGGGCUGGAACUGUCGAUUAUCAUGUGGCUUUUGGCUCACUUUCCUUACCAGGCCCUACAACACAACAGCUGGAUAAUUGGAUGAAUUUUAACAUGCAUGUUAUAUGUGUUCCUUACCAUUUUUAUUAGGGUUUUUUUCCCCUCCUGAGUAGCGAACUUAGAUUACCCCUGCACUCAUAGUAGUGCAAUUAUUCCAGGUAAAAAGAAUUAAAUCAUAAGGUUUUCCAGUUUUCAUUUUCUUUGCUUUUAUACUUCUUUUUUCCUUAAACGGUCAGUAGAGAUUUUUAGAGCUGUUAAAUUGGUUUUCUCCAAGGCUGUGAUGUCACUAUUACAGUAAGUGGAUACUUGUUUUCAAGUAAGUAGUUAUGAUCCCAUAUCUGCCUAAGUAUGACUCAGAAUUAUUGAAGAACUCCUAGAAAUAAUGGAAUUUUUCCUUUUCAAAAGCUGCUUGAGAAUUUUCACCAAAUUAUGAACAAGACGGAGAUUGUUGCCCUGAGGAUGUGAGAAACCAACCUCUAACUUUUGUUUGUUUUCUUUUCAGGUAUUUACUUGGUUUUUGCAUUUGAGAAGCAGCAGUGAGCACAUCACAUAUGCAGUAGCACCAGAACAGCUGUGUUCUUUCUUGUACAGAUUUGAAUGGUCCAUCUUCCAUAGAUCUGACAUCCUUGUUUAAUUUAAUUAUUCUCAACAUGCAGGAUGCUGCUGGAAACUACAGUGUAUAAAUUCAACAUUUGCUGUCUGUGACAGAUGAACUUUGUGUGUGUAUAUAAGAGUGAGUCGGGACCCUUGUCUUUAAAAAUCUAUUUUUAAGUAAUGUUCUAAGAAUUCCAUUUGCCUCCACUCUCUUAGCUCAUAAAAAUUAUAAAAUGACUUGUUAAAGCCUCUGAGUUCUUUCGCCAGUGCUCUGCUUUGUCCAGUGUUUAUUUAGAGUAUUAAAUUUAUUGCAGUUGUAGAAUUGGUGAGAGAGUGUACUGAUUCGAGGGUGUGUGUGCUUAUUUCCUUAGUUUCGUUAGUGUUUUUCAAGAUUAAAUUAAUUGCAUUCUGUACAAUUGAAUGUAAGUGUUCAAUAUAUAUUGCUAAAAUUAUAAGUUUAAAACUAAAUUUUAGAUGGUCAUAAAAGUUAAUUACCUAGAAUUUUACACUGUCCUCAUGUAAUGGUCUUAGUUUAUUCUAACCAGUUAUUAAAUUUCAUUAUAAAUAACAACUACUUCAUUUAUUAAUAUGAUGCAGUUUUAGAACUAGAUAGAACAUUUCAAAUUCCAGCAUAAAAUUGUUUGGAUUUGGGGAGCUUUCUCUUAAGAGUUUCUUACAAUAGCAAUUAAUGUUUCUAGUUAUCCAGGAUGUAAUUCAUAUCUUUACUGAACCAAAAUGCUGUAGGUGCUUUUCUCAACAUUUGGUGAACCUCUCCCAUGUGAAUCUGUUUGCACAUUUUCUUCAGCUUUAUAUAUGGAACUGCAGUUGGGGUGGCGGGGUGGGGAGUGGGCGGCAGCGUGGUGGUAAAGGAAGCUGACUGAGAGACUUCGGAGGAAUUCACCCUGAUGACGGGUCUGAGUUACGGGUGCUGCACGCUGUAGAUCCAUUACCCCCUUUGGCCCAGAAACAACCAGUACCUGCUCCUCUGUCACCACGUUGUACUUGGCACAGUGGGUCUGACGUCUCAUCCCCAUUUAGAAUUUGCAUGUGCCAUUUCAGAACCCUUAGAGUUGUCAGCCCUGGCUUCUUGUGUGACUCUUCGGAAACUGACACCAGUGUGAAUUGUUGUCCUUAAUUUAUCACCGUUUAAGAACUUGCCAGUUUUUUAUAUGUAGUGAAAAAUUUAAAGAGCAAAGUAGAGCAAUUUAUACAUGCUCCUUUAAAAAUCACUUAUUUCAUGCAUGGUUUUAAAAGACAUUUCUUUCUAUAAUUAUCCAGAGAACUUGUUAAAAAACUGUAGUCUCUUAAUUUGUUUAUGUGUGUUGAUUGUUCUUGGUGUUAGAGUAGCAGACCUUCUAGCAGGACAACACAGGUUACCUAACUUCUGUUCCUUCCACAAUCUGUCCAUCUCCAGACUGUUACCAGUUUACAAAAAUGGUCAUUUGCCUUAGUGGUGGUUCACCAUAAGUCAUUGGGGAAAAUAAAUAGUAGCACUUCUGCCUGGUGGCUGCCAUUCGCCAGCUGCGGUUUGGUGCUGGUGCUGGGGAGGUGGGGGUGGUGAGCUCUUGGUGUUACAUGCCCAGGUUCAUUUCAGUUCUGGGGGAGGUGCCAGAAAGUAUUGUGAUAGUUUGGGUAGAGUAUGAAAAACUUCUCUGUUACUUCCUACCACUGUCCUCAUGUAAUGGUCUUAGUUUAUUCUAAGCAAGUCAUAAGGCAUAUUUUUAACCUCCUGCUCUGUCCACUCCAUGGAUAAUUUGGGAGAGAGAAGAAUCCCCGAAGGGUGGAGUAAUUGUGAUGGCAAAACCAAGAGGAAAGGAAGGUGGGGUCCCCAGGCCUUUAUGGAUAGAAAGGUGCACAGAGAGCUGGAGUGAGCUCUCGGUCUGAGCGGGCUCUCGGUCUGAGCGGGCUGGCACGUGUGGAGGGGUGUGUGGAGCCUCGCCAGAGGGUGCGGCAUCCCAGCCGUUGCCCUUUGAGCUUUGGUGGCCUUGUUACCUUCUCUGCUCUUCCUCCCUGACGUCUCCUCUUAGGUAUCUGGGUAGUGAUUGAAGAAGAACUGCCAUCACCAGGGUAAAAGCUUGUGGGACUCCUCCACACACAUCUGCAGUCUAAAUAUUUGGUGAUUUUCUAUCCAAGACUAGUGGAAACUGUUAGGAGAGGUAGGAUGGCUUUUCAUUGUCCAGCCAGUGAUGUAAGCUGCUCCUGGAAGUGGCUCAAGGGCAUUUGCAGACCUGCCAUUCAGUUUGUCCUCUGGGGAUGAAAGUAAAAGUGAGAAUCAGCUACAGCAUUUGUGGAAAGAAAUCGUGAGGAAUAGGCUGGGAACCUGGCUGGUUGUGGCGUAACUGAGAGCACACAAAUGGAACUCUUUGGGCCUGGAAUCCAAUAAAGCAAGGGCCCCACGUAGCCAGUGUUCAGGGGAGAACCUGGCCGUUUCCCACUGCAUUCUAAGAGGAGUGUCCUAACCUGCGGGUGGUGACUGUGCAUUUGGGCCACCAAGCCUCCACUCCAGUGUGACUCCCCAGAGAAAUUUGCCUUCAGAGAGAGGAUUGAUUAGAGACUGUGACUUAAAUUAACUAAUCUUUGUGAUGACUCUGAAAGGUAGAUUAUCAGUACAGGGUUUCCUAACCUACCCCUCCCCAAACUUGGAAAUUGAGGAAGUAUGAUUGCUGCCUAAAUUCAUGUUAAUAGUAUUUAUAGGGCAUCAGAGCAGAGGGGUACAAGUGAGAUGGGCUUGGAGGUGGGAGUGAUGUGGAUCAGCAGAGGAGAGACCACAGAAGCAUUGUCAGCUGUCAGUUGUCCAGAUCUGCAGUCCCUUUAGCUCUUCUGGGUAUUUAUUCAGCCUGUCUUAGUUUAUUGCAUUAUGUUAUUUUGGUAAGUCUUCAAGUAUCCUAAUGAGGAUUUGGCUUCUUGUGCAAAUCUGCCUGUGGGGAAGAACUGCCAGUGUAAAUAUUCUAGCUACUGAACAUGAUUAAUGGGAACUGACUUUUGUUGUCUACUUCAGGUUUUCAAAGUAGAGGCCAGACCCAGGGACCACGGCCUUAUAAUAACAGUUGUACCAUAAUGCGCAUGGCCCUUUGGUCAAACAAGAAGCAUGGAUGUAUGAUAUCACCACCUCCCUGGUCGAUGUUACAUCAAAUGCUACACACCUGAUACGAAGUUUCUUCAUUUCUCACCCUCUGACAACAGCAUUUCUGAUUCUUUGAAGGCAGUCGAUAACAGUGGCUGAUGCAUGCAUUUAUUUAAUGAUAGACUUAUUUAGCAGAUAUACGUGGGACUGGGGCUGAGGCACAGCCAACUCUUCUCCACCUCAUGUCCUUCCCAAUUCUUCCUCCGUUCCCAUUUAGCCCUGGAGCAUGUGUGCCUGCUUCUCACUGCACUACCUAACAAGUAUAGGGCACACAGGAGUACUCUCCUGGGUUUGCCUGGCGAGACUUGGGUGAGCUCCAAAGCCCUCUGCUACCUAGACUUACCCUAGGCCAUGUGUUCUUGGGGACAGUAUACCCUGGGUAAAGCCAUGUUGACAGCUAACAUUUACUAAGUUCCUCCCUUAUGUCAGUCACUUUUCUAAAUGUAUUAUAUGUGAUCCUUACAACAACUGUAUGAGGAAAGCACCAUUAUCCCUGUUUUGAUGAUGAGGAAAUCGAGAGACAGAGAGGAUACAAAGUUGCCUAAGGCAAAGCCAAGAUUUGAACACCCCAUAACCCCCAGGUCGGGCCUGCACUCCAGUUGCACGUUACAUGCCUCCAGGGUGUUAGGCCUAGAGGACUCCUUGCUCAUCCGCUACCUGCAACUGGAAAAAUUAACUAUUGGAGCUCCAUCCUUUGGGUGUAAAGCUUUGAUACUUAUUUAAAUGUUCCCUGAGAGGAGCAUUUACUCCUGAGUAAGGAUUUGGGGCAGAGAGAGCAGGAGGGCCCUUGAGUGUACUAGGGAGGAGGGUAAAAAGGGAAUAAUUCAUAGGCAGGAAGGCAAAGGUUUAAACUGGGAUUUCACAUUUUGGUAGGCCUACUCCUUUAGCAGCCAGACCUAGAGCAAAUCUAGUUUGUAUGUUAGGGGCUGACACUGUUUGGAAGUGGCAGGCAGGAGUUGAGAGGAUGGCCGAGAGGAAUCAUCUCUUCAGUCUGAGUUGAUUAUCCAGGCAGAGGCACAUUAUUUUGUUUUAACUUUUUAUUGAAGAGUAACAUAUAUAUUAAAAAGUUGGUGUUUUUCGCAAAUGGAAAACACGCAUAUAGUCAGCACCCAUAUCAAACAGUAUUACCAGCUCCCCAGAAGCCCCUGCUGCCCCCUUCCAGUAGCUGCCUCCCAAGGGUAACCACUAUCUCAACUUCUAAGAGCAUAGGUUACUUUUGUCUGGUUUUGGAUGUUAUAUGAAAAGAAUCAAACUAUGUAUUCUUUUGUACUGGCUUAUUUGGUCGACAGUAUAUGAAAUUUUUGUUGCAUGUAUUUGUACAUGGUUCUUUUUCAUGGCUGUAUAGUAUUCCAUGGUGUGAAUAAACCACAUGUUAUUUAUCCAA